UUAUAAACCGCCCGGUCCCCUAUUAGGAAUAGGAGGAGUAGGAGGCUAGGAGCAUUGCCCAAACAAAACUCAUCAUCAUCCAUCCUUUCCGAGCUUCAAGAGUGUAAAACCAAAAACCAAAACCAAAGAGAGAGAGAAUCGAGAGAGAGAGUAUCGAGAGGAUGUUGUUUCAAGUAGGAGGGCAAGGGAGCCGGCCGACCUUCUUCGAGAUGUCGGCGGCUCAGCAGCUCCCGGCCAGCCUCCGCGCCGCUCUCACCUAUUCUUUCGGCGUAUUGGCUUUAAGAAGACCGAUGUUCCACAGGGUUUUAGACUAUGAAGAUGAAUUCUUUGCUUUCCUCAUGCUCAUUCUCGAAACUCACAGUUUACGCACCACAGAUGCAUCUUUUUCUGAAUCUCUAUAUGGCUUACGGAGGAGAGCUGUGAAGAUAAAAGUAAAGAAAGAUGAUGCUCGAUUGAUGUCAGGUGAUGGGAUUAAUCACUCUGGGUUAGAGAAGCGCCAAAAAGUUCUUUCAGUUGUGUUUCUGGUUGUGCUGCCGUAUUUUAAGUCAAAGUUGCAUUCAAUAUACAAUAAAGAAAGGGAAGCCAGGCUUCAAGCAAGUUUAUGGGGACAUGAUGAUGAAGGAUUUGACGAUACUGAGUAUAUAGGAGGGGAGGAUUCUCUUGCUUCAAGUGGAAAUUUGGAAGCAGAAGCAUCAAUUAGGACACGCUUGACAAAGAGGAUUCAGAAAAUUGUAGGCACCUGCUAUCCAUGGAUACAUGCUAGUAGUGAAGGAGUAUCUUUUGCUUAUCAGCUGUUAUAUUUGUUGGAUGCUACUGGAUUCUAUUCGUUAGGACUACAUGCACUUGGGAUUCAAGUUUGCCGAGCUACAGGGCAAGAGCUGAUGGAUACUUCUUCUAGAAUUUCAAAGAUAAGAAGCCGUGAACGUGAAAGACUUCGUGGGCCACCAUGGCUGAAGGCAGUACAGGGUGCACUGCUCAGCUGUAUGUAUAUGGCACUUGAUUAUGCACAAACAGGAUUAAUUGCAGCAGUGUUCUUCUUUAAAAUGAUGGAAUGGUGGUACCAAUCUGCUGAGGAAAGAAUGUCAGCUCCAACUGUGUACCCCCCACCACCUCCUCCUCCUCCCCCAAAGGUUGCUGAAGAGGGUAUUCCACUGCCACCUGACCGAACAAUUUGUCCUUUGUGCUCACAGAAGCGUGCAAAUCCAUCUGUAGUUACGGUUUCAGGGUUUGUCUUCUGUUACGCAUGCAUAUUUAAGUAUGUUUCUCAGUAUAAACGGUGCCCAAUCACAUUAAUGCCUGCAACUGGUGACCAUAUAAGGAGACUCUUUCAUGAUGUAUAGAGAAACCCUGUUGGGAAUCAUGAGUUAAAGCGAUACAUUUCUAUGCAAGAAGGAUUCAAUAAUCAAGUCAAAUGCGAAGCAAAGAUGCUCAGCCACAAGUGGGGCCAUGACAAGCAAACCAAAAUAAGGUUCAGUUCAAUUGUUGACUGGUGUUAUAUCUUACUCUUACGAUUUUUGUUUUUAGGGUUUUAUCUAUUUUAUAAACAUUUUUCUUGUACUUUAUCUCUUUAGGCAAUAUUAGAUUAAUGAUUAUAUGAGUUGAGGUGUCAGGUGACAUUCUUUUAGUCCACAGCCAUUAUCCAUGUUUUAGAGUUAGAUCAUAGAUGUGUAAUGAUUUGAUAUCUGUAACAUAACGAGUUUGUAUGAAAGAACUGUUGAUGCAAUAUCAGUUCUCUUUUUUUUUAAGGAAA